AUGACUAGUUCGGCAAAAGAUGCUCUCGAACGUCUUCUAUCAAUGACAGCAUUUUUCGAAUCUGAUGAUGAUCGUUUAACAAUUAAUAUUUCCGGUACUCAUUAUGAAAUCAAUGUUUCUGAUCUAAUAAAUUUUCCUGAUACAAUUCUUGGUGAUCCAUUAAAACGUAUACGUUAUCUUGUACCAGGUAAAAGUGAUUAUUUCUUUCCACGUCAUGCAAGUUCAUUUGAAUCUAUUCUAUAUUAUUAUAUAAAUGAUGGUGUUCUCAUUAAACCUGAAACUAUUCCAGCAAUGAUAUUCUAUGAAGAAAUACGAUUUUUUCAAUUAAAUGAUAAAUUAAUUCAAACAUUUUAUAAUGAUUAUCUAUCAAUAAAUGAAGAGGAGAAGAACACUGAAUCAAAUUCUUGGUGGAAAAAAUCAUUACAUCAUUCAUCUACUUUAAUUAAUACUUUUUCUGCUGUAUUUAAUGCUCUCGCAAUUUAUUCUUUAUGUUUAGAAACAAUGAGUAUCUAUCGAAAUGCUUAUAACACCAUGUGGAUGAUAACACAUCCAUCAAAACCUCUUAAUCAAACAGAAGGUUUUAAAUGUUCAGAUAUUAGUUUACGUCCUUAUCAAUUUAUACCCUAUUUCAUGUCAGAAAAUACAACAUUAGAAAUUAUUUGUAUAACAUGGUUUUAUUUCGAAUUAUUUAUUCGUACAUUAACUACACCUUCAUUUAUUCAUCUGAUAAAUGAUCCAAAUUUUGCAUUAGAUAUUUUAUCAAUAUUACCAACAAUAUUAAGUCAAAUUAUUUAUCGAUUUUAUAUUUUCGAAGAAAAAGAAACUCGAUUAUUUGAUUAUUUAACAUGCUUAAAAUUAUUUCGUCUAUUUCGUUUAACUCGUCAUGCAAAAUGUUUAGAAAUAUUUAUAAAAAUUUUAUAUAUUAAUUUUAAAGGUAUUCUUAUGUUAACAAUAUUAAUUAUAUUUGGAAUAUUUUAUUUUGGUUUAACACAAUUUGUUCUUGAACAAAUGUCACAAGAAAAUGAAAUUAAAAAUAUUGGUGAAGCACUAUGGCAUGGAUUUACAGUUAUUGUAACUAUUGGUUAUUCUGAUAUUGCUGAAUAUCAAUUUUUAUCUUAUAUAUUUGCUAUUGUCGGAGUUUGGUAUGGUUCGAUUUCCAUGGCUAUUAUUUUACCGAGUGUUACUCAAUCAUUUAAUAUUUUUCAUAAUUUAAAAAAUCGUCGACAUGUAAUUAAAUAUAAAACGAAAUAA